AAGAAUUAGCAAAAUCGGAAAAAUAAUUGUGAAGUUAUUGGGAAAAGAGUAAGACACUCGCUUAGACGGCUUUAUGAAAGUUAGUUGCUAUGAAGGCUUCCCGAGGUUUCCCGAGAGAAACUAAGCAGAAAACAAGUUCGAAUCAGAUUCAGAAACGAGUAGGCUGCUCUCCGCCCCGUAUCUGUCACACACAAAACCCCGAGAGAAAAAAGUAAUAUGAAGGACGCAGGCUCAACAGAGAUCAGCAGCAGUAUGACACAGAAUGGUGACAAGACAGAGGACAUUCAGACUGCCAUCACUGUGGAUGGCUCCGAAUCAAUUGCGAAGACUCUUAAAGAAUUGGAUAUUUAUUCAAGUGUUGAGGAGACCAUACACUCGGUGCAGGAGGAGAAAAAGGAGGAGGAACUUCAGUCUGUUCCAGCAAUCAUUGAACUGAACCCGAGCCCCAAGACAACGUUGGCCAAAUUGGUGCCAUCGUACGAAUCAACGCAGGACAUGUGGUCGACUCACAUAUGGCCUGUGCGGGAAAGCGUAGCCCAUUCGCUAGUGCACUCCAUCGAGAAAAACAAGGCCGCCACCGAUAUGGUGGUGGUGGUGGAUAAUAAGCGAUUCGAGUGCCACCGAAUGCUCUUGGAGGUGAUUAGUAAGUUGUUCCGCGAAAUGGAGCGUACGGAGGAGUACCACAUCUCCACCCAAGUGAUCAGCGCCCAUGACUUUGGUAUCCUCUAUCGCUGGCCCUUCGAGGGGAAGGUCAAGGACUCCAUCGGGCACUCCUCUUUACUGAAUAUCCUAAAGGCCGCCCAGUUCUUUGGCUGCGAAUAUCUCCUCGCCAAAUGCUGGGAGAUGCUUGAGAUCGUCACAAUGGACAGCUUCACGACCAUGGUGCUCUGCGGCUGCCCUGUCGGCAGCGUCUCACUCAAUAGCUGCACCCUCAAUAAGAUUCUGAUGACACGCAUGGGUGAGGGAUUUCUGCAGUUUGUCGCCAGUUCCGAGUUCGUCAACCUCCCGCCGCCGAUAGUGCAAUGUCUGUUUAUGGAUGGUUGUCUGGCGGUUAAUACCGAAUUGGAGGUUCUGAUGGCCGCCAUCGUUUGGCUAGACUAUAAUUGGCCCCAGCGCGAAAAGUACCUCGGGUUCAUUGUGGAGGGGAUUCGUUUCCAUCAGAUCCCAUUCCAUUUCCUCAUAACCUUUGCAGAGCGAUGGGAUGGUCCACCGGCAUUGCGCGCAGUGGCGCAAUCCGAAGAGUUUAAGAAACUUGAAAGGAAAGCCCUCAUUGAGCUCCAAAAAUUUCCACAGAAAUGUCACGGUCGAACGGGAAAAUCACGCGUUUGGAUAUACGAUCGAAGAGCCGGAUACCACCACAGCCUUAAGUGCGAGAAUGAAAUAUUCUGGUCAUACAAUAUGUUUGCGGAUUACCUGAUCUUCCUACAGACUGCGGGAACAUCUCACUGCUCGCAGCUGCUGCCUUGCGAUGACCCCAGCAUCGUCUGCUGUCCGCCCGAAAUACUGGAUUCAUCCGAAUCCGACUCCGACUCCUAAUUUAGUUUCACUUUUUCGAGCUUCUCCGGCUAGUCCUAUGUAAAUAAAGGUUUCAAAUCCUUGCUACCCCCUUCUGCGGUAUGUGCUGCGAUCUAUAAGAUCAACAUCAGUCACGACCUCCAUGCUCCUCUUCAAGGGUACGACAUACAGUUGAAGCCAAUCUUAGAAGUCAGUAGAGCUUUGUUCCGAGUGAGUUCCAGAAUUCUUAUGGCUUAUGUAUAUAUCUCCCCAUACUCCGGCACACACACAUCCUUGGAGUUCUACUCUACCAAUUUAUUGGGUGCUCAAGAAUUACCUAUCAACAAAUUUCAAAAAAUGUAAUACGAAAUUUCAACAAAAACAAGCUGUAUAAGCAUAGUGACCAUUAGAUUAAUAUGUAACA